CACUUUACAUUCCCUAUAUAAUGUACAUGCUUCUUCUACCAAACCAUAACUCAAACAACAAAUAUGGAAAACCUUGAUAUCAAUGUUGCCAUAGAUAUUGCUAUGCGUGUAGGAGCUGAUAGUUUCAUCAAUCUAGGGGGAAUGCUUGGGACUUCAAAGUUCUACAACACACUUGCUUCUGAUCCUGCAGUUCUUCGUACUAUCUCUCUACAAUAUCUUUUCAACAAUCCUCAUCUUAUUACCAAUGAAUCUCCUUUCCAUCCAUUUUUCUCCCGCUGUGUCCAAGCUGGUAAUCCAACUGCGUGUUACCUAGAAAGCCUAAAGCUUGCAACAAGAGAGGGCCGGGCAGAGUAUGCUCUCCAAAUGCUGCUAUCGCAACCGGAUCCUCUACCUCAUGCUAACUUCACCAUAGCCUUGCUGCAAGUGUGUUUGGGCUUUUACGAUGAUGCUCUUCGUAGCUGUUCUACAUUUUUAUGUUCUGCUGGCUCAUUCGAAGCAGCAGAUUCCAUUGGCAGUACUGUCUUCAGUCAAAUAAUGCAAAUUGGCCCUUUGAAGAUACGGAGUCAUAGUAAUACUUGGAAAUGGGUCGACAUUCCUCUCUGUCUAGGCUGCAACCUAAGCAACAGAUGCAGUAACUGUUUCCUCUAUUGGUUCUCUGUUAUGUACCUCCUCCUUUGCUAGUUCUCUGCUCUUGCUCAGUUAUGUUGGUGUCUUUUAUUGUUUUUUUAAAUAAUUUUAGUCUUUCUUC